GGCUGCUAGCCAAGGCCCUUGAAUAAAAGGCCAGGUCACCUGUGUCCUGCUUCCUCCCCUCCGGCCUGGAUCAUGCUCCAGCUCCUCACUGCUCUGGCGCUCUUGGGAGCGCUGACCACCCCAGCAGGGACCUCCAAGACGUGUCCAGCCUGCUCUUUGCUGGGAGAUUGUACCGAGAGAACCUGUCCUCCCACCAAGGAAGCCUGCUUGUUUAGCCAGAUGCAGCUGGAAAAUGGGAAUCUCAUCAAGAACGGGUCAUGUGUCGCCCCUGGGGAAUGCCGAGAAGGUGUCUACUCCCUGACCUAUGGCCCCGACUUGAGUCUCUGGGUCAGCAUGGCCUGUUGUGAGGACAACUGCAGCAAGGCCACCCGACAAGAGGCACCACCCAAAGCCCAGCUCAACGGAGUGAAAUGUCACCACUGUUUUGGGGAUAAGUCAGCCUUGUGUGACUCCCGUUCGGUCAUGAACUGCACUGGUGAUCAGACCGUGUGUCUCACCCUCAACGGGACAUGGAAUGGAGGAGGUCCCCAAAUCUUGAAGGGCUGUGCUACCCCAAAUGUCUGCCACCUGCAAGUGAACACCAUCCUGGGACCAGAAGCAUCUGGAUUUCAUCUCAUCAGCAAGCCUGAAUGCGACUACAUGGUUACUACCCCCCAGCCAAGUUCCUCUGCAACCACAACUCUGACCAAGGAUAAACUCACCACCUGUUUCACCUGCUCAGGCCUCAAUGAUUGUGACACGGUCCUCUGCGCAGCGGAUAGGAACUACUGCCUUCAGACACUGGGCAUCUUGGCCUUAGAGGAAGGUAACUCUGUUGUCUGGAGACGUGGUUCCUGUGUGGCCUCCAAGGACUGUGGAUUUGGCACCUCCAUCUCUGCCUUCACCUACAGCAGUGACUUUAGUUUCUGGAUCAAUUCCACCUGUUGCCAAGGCAACUGCCAAGAACUCACUCCUCUCGCAAUUCUGCCAACUUCACACACCCUGAACGAGUUCCUGUGUCCUGUAUGUCCCAGCAGCCAGCCAGGGUCCUGCAAUUCCUCCUUCUAUAUGCAGUGUCGCAGUGGGGAAACUGAGUGUGUCCAGCUGGACCUGGUGCUUGUAGAAGGUGGCCAGAACAUGAGUGUGCGCGGCUGCGGCUCCCCGGACCUGUGCAGUGCCCAGGCUGCCACCGAGGGGCUUCUGGCGCUGCCUGGCCACCGGCUGGCCCGCAGGCCCCAGUGCAGCACCAGCCAGCGCGCCGUCAUGAGCUCCAAGUGCCACUCGGGUGCGCCACCUGGCCUCCACCUUGCCCUGUCCAUGCUGCUGGUGGCCCUGAGCACUGCGGCCCUCUGCUGAGCAGGCUGGCCUCCACUGCCCUCACCCUGCAGCCACUCAACCCCGCUUGUGGCCCACGUUGCGAGAUGGCACUUUGACUCCCCCUUUUCUUCUGGCAUUUCUAAGCCUAGAAGCUUCUGGUGAGAGAAGUCAGAAACCAGGGGUGAGCCUCCUCCCUCUGACUAAGAGCUUCCCCAGGGCUAGUCCCCUUUCUUAACACCAGGGUAUGAAGCCUAUGCCUCCUCCCUCAGACUAAGCUGUACUUCCUCAGGCCUCAGAUUAGAGCUGCUUCUGUGGUCACACAUUCUUACCAGGGGCCCCAAAGAUGAAGCCUCCUUCCUCAGGCGAGGCUGUUCGCAACACCAGGCGCCUCCCUCAAACUAGGGCUGUGUCUGUUCCUGAACACUGGGAAGCAGCUCCUCCCCUCUUUAGGGUCUAGCAAAGUCUUGGGCAGCCAAGAUGGGUUUGAGGACCAAAUACACUCUUUUCCUAGGCUUUUAGAGCACCCCUUCCACCACUAGCACCACCACCACCAGCACACUGGCUCUCUUCUAUCUGGGUUCAGUCUCCCCAUUGUAACCAAACCCGAAUGAAUCUCAUCCCACAACGCCAA